GCGAGUGGCACUCGUUGCCAGAGGGUGUUUUUCGACAGUCAGUCAUUCAGUUGGAUACACAGUCAGUCGGUUAGUCAGCCCGUCAGUCAGUAAGUCUGUGAAGGUGCUUCGUACUUCAAAGAGCGGCUAACUUUUCCAAAAGAGUAGGUCGACGAAUCUUGCAGCAUGGCCGAAGCGGAUUCGCAGUACAUUUACAGCUGUGCAGUUAGAACAUCGUCAAUUACUUAUCCUAACGAGGAUAAAGAAGUCAAAAUGUUCGAUGACGAGCCACCAUCAUGGGAUAUCGAGGAACCAACUCCGGAGGAAGGAGUAAAGCCAGCAGAAGGUACAGGGGAGGAAGGGGCACCUGGGGAAGAAGGCGCAACAGGGGAAGUGCCACCGGAAGAGGAAGGUCUUAAAAAGCCCAAGUACAAUCACCAUUGGGUCCGACCAUUGUUCCUUAACUAUGGAUAUCUCUACGACUACAGGAAAAAUUAUUACGAUGACGUAAUCGACUACAUGGACAGGAGACAGAAGGGCUUGUUCCGUGACCCACCUAGGGCCCAAGAAUGGGCCGAGAGGGCCAUGAGGACUUACGACGCCAAGAACACUAACAAGAGUGGAAAGAGAUCGGCUGACAUGCGACUGAUAUCACAACUGAGAACUACCUCGAGAUACUACAGCUAUCAUACUCGAGCUUACUACAGUCUGAAGUAUCAGAAGAUACUUUGAAGAAGAAAACACCAAAGAGGCAAUAUCAAGCAUAGAUUAGUAACGAGAAACGGUGAGACCAUGAACUUGGUAAAGAGUAGUAACUUUAACCGCAGUGAGAAAGAAAGAUUGAAUGAAAAUAAGUGUUAACAGCAUUUUGUAUGGUCUCACGGUUGUCUCAGCCACUCCUCGACCUACCGGAGAAAUAAUCUCUCAAAAUUUUGAGAGACUGUUUUUUUCUCAGGAAACAAUAAAAGCGAAAAACAUAAAAAGGCAAACGAACUCUGUGUGUACAUAUAUGUAUAAAUAUAUAUACACAAACAAUUAUUAACUUGACUGCUAAAGAAUUUUCUGUAGGUUAAAUGUCCGUGUCUCUAGACGAUACGCUGCAUUGACGUGAGAAUAUCAAUAAAGACUUCUUCUUCUAAGGAUAAUA